CAACCCUCCGACCGACUGAGAGACCGACCGUUCGACCGCAACCAUGAACUUCCUCCGGCGCCGUCUCUCCGACAGCAGCUUCAUGUCCAACCUGCCCAACGGCUACAUGACAGACCUCCAGAGGUCGGACCAACCUGCUCCUCCACCUCCCACCUCCCCUUCCCAGCCAGAUGCACCCUUAGCCGUGACGCCGGACCCUGCCUUGCUGUCCCCGACCAAAGCUCCAGCCCCGGCUCCCGCCAGCUCCCCCGCAACCCUGGAGCGGCGUGCGAACCAGCCGCCUCAGCAGCCUCAACAGGCCCAGUCCUCCUCCACCGGUGGUUCCUCUGGCUUCUUUAGCUCCUUCAGCUCCAUCAGCUCCAUCACCAAUGCGGUCAAACAGACCGCCGCGUCAGCCGCCGGGUUUGUGGAGCAGUCGGCUCCCUCUCCCUUGCUCUCCAAGAAGUUCAAGAUCCUGUUGGUCAUCGAUGAGCUGCAGCACGAGUGGGCCAAAGUGUUUCGUGGAAAGAAGGUCUUUGGAGACUUUGACAUCAAAGUGGAGCAGGCUGAGUUCUCGGAGGUCAACCUCAUCUCACAUUCAAAUGGAACCUGUAACGUGGACAUGCAGGUCAUCAGGAGCGGGACCAAAGUGGUCAGGUCUUUCAGGCCUGACUUCGUCUUGGUGCGCCAGCACGCCUUCAGCAUGGCCCAGAACGAGGAUUUUAGGAACUUGAUCCUCGGCCUGCAGUACGCCGGCGUCCCCUCCGUCAACUCUCUGGACUCCAUCUACAACCUCUGCGACAAACCUUGGGCUUUCUCCCAGCUGAUCAGUAAUCAGAAGAAGUUAGGUUCAGAUAAGAUCCCUCUCAUUGAUCAGACGUUCUACCCCAACUACAGAGACAUGAUUACAUCACCAAGUUUCCCAGUGGUGGUGAAGAUCGGACACGCCCACUCUGGAAUGGGAAAGGUCAAAGUGGACAAUGUAAGUGACUUCCAGGACAUUGCGAGUGUGGUGGCCAUCACUCAGACCUACUGCACCACAGAGCCAUUUAUAGACGCCAAGUACGACAUCAGGGUCCAGAAAAUCGGAGUUGACUACAAAGCAUACAUGCGAACAUCCAUCUCUGGUAAUUGGAAGAGCAACACCGGGUCAGCCAUGCUGGAACAAGUAGCCAUGACUGACAAAUAUAAGCUGUGGGUUGAUAUCUGCUCAGAAAUCUUCGGGGGGUUGGAUAUCUGUGCUGUCAAAGCCAUCUGUGGCAAGGAUGGUAAUGACUACAUCAUUGAGGUUGUGGGUUCAUCCAUGCAGCUGAUUGGUGAUCACCAGGCAGAGGACCGCCAGCUCAUCUCAGAGGUGGUGCUGGCUAAGAUGAGCCACGCUCUGGCUACCAGGUCAUCCAGUGCUUCCCGCUCACCUGCCCGCUCCCCUCAAGGCCAGAGGCCAACAACUGUGCAGCCCCAACAGAGUGCUGCCCUUAAGGAAGGACUGUCAGAUGCAAACAGGACCUCCGGCCAGCGCCCUCAACCUCAAGGUGCACCAGGGAAAUCACACAGUGUGGAGUCAUCAUCAGAGUCAGCUAAGAGAGCUUCUGAACCAGUGCUAAAGCCCAGCCAGGUCCAGAAACCUGGUCCAGGUCCAGCUCAGACUCAGAAGGGCCCCGUCCAGAGGGCCGCCUCAGUCACAAGGCCUUCAGUGCAGAGGCCUCCCCCAAUGACGAGAGCCCCAUCCGUCGCAAAGUCAGCCCCAGAUUCUGCUGCCACCCCAGCCAAAGCUCCACCGUCAUCCCCAGCAGCAGCAGCAGCAGCAGCAGCCGCCGCUCCAGGCUCUCCCCCAACCAAAGCAGCAGCAGCAGCAGCAGCCACAGCUCCAGUGCCAGCUCCUCCCUCAGCCUCAGCUCCUACCACAGAGCAGCCCAAGCCCCAGCCUCAGGGCUCCCCGACCCCAUCUCCUGGCAAACCAAAAGAGCUGCCACCCAAACCCACACCGCCUGCAAAGCCCAUCCCUCCGUUACGCAGGAAUUCAAAGCCGCAGCUUCAGCCAAAGCCGCAAACCCCUACUCCUCUCGAAGCUUCACCUAAACCCCAGCCCGCGGCGGGCCCUGCCUCAGCACCCACUCAGGCCUCAGAUACCGCCUCGGCCCCAGCACAGGGUCAGUCCCCAGCCAGAGCCAGCCAGUCCGCCCCUAAUGUCCAGUCUCCAGCGAAGGCUCAGCCCCAGGCCUCUCCUCCCCAAAGCCCUGAGCCUUUAGCAGCUGAAGCUGCUGAGGCAGAGGCCCCUGAGGAAGAACAGCCAGGAUCCCAGCAAAAGGCCCAUCCUCUGCUGAAUAAGUCCCAGUCCCUGACCAAUGCCUUCAACGCCUUCAGCGACUCCUCUUUCUUCCGCGGGGGCUCGAGCGCCGGAGGCGACGGCCAAGACGAGGCGAAGGCCGAGACCAUUCGCAACCUCCGAAAGUCCUUCGCCAGCAUUUUCUCUGACUAGACACAGCCCAACCAUAUAGUCAGCCCCUUAUUGAUACUGGUCCCCCCCUCCAUUUGACCGUUGGCCAGUCAUGACUUGAUUGACAUUUAAUGUGAACCAGUCUGAGAUUAAACUGUGUGUGUUACCUGUCCUGUGUUCCCUCCGUCCCCGUCCUUCCUCUCCUCGCAGUGAGGCCUUCUGGGCUGGAUGUUCAGGGAAUGAAGCUGUGCCAGAAUAAUUGGACUGAAGGAGUUACGUCAUUGAUAUAGACUAGAGUAGGUCAGAGUAGAACACAAUAGAAUAGAAUAACAAGAUAUUUAUUUAUUUAUAGCACACUUUAAGGAACUCUUUCUAGAGUAUAUACAAGUAGAACAUUCAAGACUUUAGAUGGAAUGUACAUACAGUAUAUAUAUUUAUUUAUAUAUAUAUAUACAGUAUAUGAAUACAGACAUAUAUAACUAUAAAGGGAGAUAAGCCAAUGGUAAAACAAAGUCCAGUAACACUUUUCAAUCCAUCAUUGUCAGUGACAUAACUCUUUCAUUCAGUGCUGGAUUUAUAGAUAUUUAGAAAAGUUAUUGGAUAUUUGACAUUCGAUGGUUUUCCCCCACAGUAAAUAAUGUAUUGGUCAGUAAGUGAAACUAUGUGAGUGAAGAAAACUUUAAGGAUUUGCUCCUGUGUAAAUCCAGCUGUUGUGUCUCUGGUCCUUGGCUACGGACCACUGGGCUCAUCCUUGCUGCCCCGUUUUGUCUCCAAGCCUUGACGUUCAUUGUCGUGUGAGGGAGUCGGACUUGUGUGUGUGUGUGUGUGUUCAUCUGUGUUCAAUUGUUAUGCAUGGCUCCUCCAAGUGGUUUGUGUGACUUUUGGAGAAGAAGGGAGCUCUAUCAGUGUUGAGUUUUGUACUCUGUUGCCUCUCUCUCUCUCUCUCUCUCUCUCGAUGUUGUAGCCUUAUUGUGAACAUGUUUUCAAUUCAGCUACGUGUUAGCUGUGCAGACCCGGGUCGAUUACGUCUGGAAAUUCAUUCGUUUACAUCAAAUGUUUGAUGAAGUCGGGCAAGGAUUGCAACAGUUGCCCCGCACUGAAUAAAUCAAUCCUAAAAAGUAACUGAAUGCAUUUCAAAGAGUAAAAAGAUUCAUGUCUGCAGCUGUGACUGGUGAUUUCUUGUUUCACCUCUGUGUAGAUCUAUCAACAGUAUUGUAAUUGGUUGAUUAUUCUCAUGAAAAGACAUUGAGACAGUAGUGCAAUAACACCUCAACGUGACUGUUGAGCGCUGUCACCCUCUUAUAGAUAUAGAUAUGAGCAUACGUACAGGACCUGUGUAUCUGUUAAUGCAUAACUUACAUUCCCUUUAAGAUUUCUUUCAGUCUCAACUGUCCAAGUUGCUUUAGCCGGGCUCCAGAUUAAUAUGUCAUAUUAAACUGUUGGUUUCUGUGAUUGAUCCUGUUUGUGUUGUGAGACUGAACCUAAAGCAACCUGGAAUGAGCCCAGUACCAUGACUGGUCACUUUCAGUUGAGCUGCUGCAUUUUAGGUUCAUAUGUGUCAGAAAAAUAAAUAGAAAUCUUAACACUGCAUCAACCUGUCUGCUUAUACAUUUCCAGUACUGUGUUGCAAGUAAACUAUAACAUAUUGCAUUUUGUAUGUACGUAAGUGUCAUCUCAGGAGUUCAUUUUUUGUAAUAUAUUGAUUGAUUGAUUCUUUUUUUAAAUUUAAGCUCCAUAUGUAUGGUACAGUAUGUAUUGUUUGUUUUGCAUUAUGUUUUUAUUUGUGACGCAAUACUGCUUUGCAUGAUCUGGUGACUGAUUAUGUUUUUUUCUGUACAGAUAAAAGUUAAUAAAGAUGUGGGUCCAUCAUUAUUCACAUAGUAAAAUGAA